AAACCCUUUUGCACAACAAAACCCUAAUACCAAAUCAAACUAAUUUUCAAUUUAUUUAAAUUUAAAAUCCCCAAAAUGGUUGCUAAAUCCCUCUCUCUAGCCACUGUUUCCUUCUUUAUUCUGCAUAUGCUGCAGUUGCACACUACUGAGGCUGACUACGGAGGGUGGGAUAACGGUCACGCCACUUUCUACGGUGGCAGCGAUGCUUCCGGGACCAUGGGAGGAGCAUGCGGAUAUGGAAAUCUGUACAGCCAAGGAUACGGAACAAACACGGUAGCACUAAGCACAGCGUUGUUCAACAAUGGGCUUACAUGCGGAGCGUGCUAUGAAAUGCGAUGCGCAAAUGACCCAAAGUGGUGCUUGCCGGGCACCAUCACCGUCACGGCCACCAACUUCUGCCCGCCCAACUUUGCGUUGCCUAACAACGACGGCGGAUGGUGCAAUCCCCCACUCCAGCACUUCGACAUGGCCGAGCCAGCUUUCCUUCAGAUCGCUCAGUAUCGGGCUGGCAUUGUGCCCGUUGUCUUUCGGAGGGUGCCUUGUGUGAAGAAAGGUGGGAUUAGGUUCACAAUCAAUGGUAACUUAUACUUCAAUUUGGUCCUCAUCACCAACGUGGGAGGUGCAGGAGAUGUCCAUGCAGUCUCAAUCAAAGGGUCCAGAACUGGGUGGCAGCCUAUGUCCAGGAACUGGGGUCAGAACUGGCAGAGCAAUUCGUAUCUCCAUGGUCAAAGUCUUUCUUUUCAGGUCACCACCAGUGACGGCAGGACUCUCACUAGCUACAAUGUGGCACCGUCUGAUUGGCAAUUUGGUCAGACCUUCGAAGGAGGGCAGUUCUAGAGGAUUGCAUCUAUAUAUAUUUUGAAUAGACAAAUCAUACAUAUAUAUUAUAUUUGUAACAUACUUGAGCAUACCAUACAGCUAUAUCAUCAUUCAUCAUCAAUCAAUCAAUCAUAUUGAGGAGAGGAUCAUCUUUUAUUUGUAAUCCGUACCAUUAUUAAUGCGCAGCAUAUUAUCUGAAGAAA